AGGAAAUGACGUGCCGUGUCAAAUAUCUGCUCACUGGAUAGUUUCAGGCCCGACUCCGCUGAUGUGACACCGCUUAGCAAUUUCUUCUUCGGGCGCGGAGCUGUGGUAAAAAAAGGUCGUGCAUAUUUUCACCAGAUGCUGGCGUAGAACAUCUCUUGUGGCGGAAACGUGAAAAGAAUCACGGUCUCGCUAGUAAAUGCUAGUUUUCUACAGUACUGGACAUCUUCUACCAAGCGUCCGUACUGAAAUCGCUGAGUUACGGUGGAUAUUUAACCCGGAGUGCUGGUUGUUAGCUAACAACGGGUCUCACAACCAAUUGCGGGUCAAGUAACGAGUAUUGGAACAACGCACAAAAUGGUUAACACACCGUACAUAAUCAAUGAAAUUUACGACAUUCUUCAGAAGUCCUCCCCGUUUGAAUUGACAUUGGAGGCCUUGCUGGCAUUGGGAGUAAUAUGGAUAGUUUUUUACAAACGCACGACAAAGAAGAUGCCCAUGUCAGAAGAGGAAAUUCUUGCACGGUGGACACCGGAACCACUCGUGGCAGAGGUACCACAGGACCAUCCAGCGCUGAAAACAAAGAUUGUCGAGGGACCAGUCGGUAAAAUGGUAAAUGUAAAUGGCAAAGAGUGCAUCAACAUGGCCACACACAACUAUCUCGGGCUGGCAGAGGACGAAGACAUUAAGCAAGCGGCGAUAAAGAGCUUGCGAAAGUACGGUGUCGGUUCUUGCGGUCCGCGCGGAUUCUACGGUACAGUCGAUGUGCAUCUCGAGCUCGAAGAACGGUUGGCGAAAUUUAUGAACGUGGAGGAAGCUGUAGUGUAUUCGUACGCGUUUUCCACUAUAGCUAGUGCAAUACCGGCCUAUUCGAAGAGGGGAGAUUUGAUUUUCGUUGACGAGUGUGUUAAUUUUGCUAUUCAAAAAGGAUUGGACGCUUCACGAAGCAAGAUUUUUUACUACAAACACAACGAUAUGGACGAUUUGGAGCGAUUGCUUCAAAAGCAACAGAUUGAAGACAAGCGUAAUCCGGCAAAAGCUAAAAAGACGCGACGUUUUCUGGUAGCCGAAGCCAUCUAUAUGAACACGGGUGAAGUUUGCCCCCUGCCUCGGUUGGUGGAAUUACGAGCUCGUUACAAACUACGCCUUUUCUUGGAUGAAAGCAUAUCUUUCGGUGUGUUGGGAGAUAGUGGACGUGGGUUGAUUGAGCACUGCAAUGUCGAUAAAACGGAGGUUGAUUUGGUAUCGGCUGGGCUAGAAUGGUCAGCCGCAACUAUCGGUGGCUUUUGUGCCGGUUCCUCGUUCAUCGUGGAGCAUCAGCGGCUCUCCGGAUUAGGGUAUUGUUUCUCUGCCUCACUACCACCCUUGCUUGCACAGGCUGCCAUCAGUGCGCUGGAUCGAUUCGAAAGCAACCCACGAAUAUUCGUGGAACUAAGAGAACGCUGUCGAAUGGUUUCAGACAAACUUUCUCAACUGAAACACUUCCAAUCAAGAGGUGAUCCACUAUCUCCAGUGAAGCAUUUAUAUCUAAAACACAAACAUGAAAGCUGGGUGCAUGAAAAGAUGCUUCUGGACGAGAUAUCUACUGAGUGCAUCGACAACGGUUUGGCGGUGAUAGCGGCAGAAUAUUUGGAAACCAUGGAAAAGCAUUGCCCAAGGCCAAGUAUUCGAUUAACGGUUAAUCGUUUGCUAACGGAAAAGGAAAUAGACGAUGCUUUCCGAAUUUUAGAACAUGUUUCAGAGAAAGUUUUUGCAAGUGCGGGUUAAAAUAAGGAUGGUAAGAUAUUUCCACUUUAUGAUGCUAUCGGUGACAUAAGCUCACGUACACAUAACACAAAUUGUUGCGUACCAGGGGGCUUACAGAGCUACACAUACCUUCCUAUUCUCCUCCUAUUUGAAACAAUGAUCAAAAAGAAUUACGAAUAAAAUUAUCA